CCCAAAGUCUGGUCUCAGCGCGUAAUGGUGAAAUGUCCACGUCUUGGAAACCUCAGUACCGCCAACCCCCUCCUUGCCAGCAGCAGCGCAAAGAUGACUAUCUGGGCAUGUCUCCCGACAUCCUUGGCCUUGUGAGCGGGGUUUCCGUUGCGUUGUUUCUAGCAGCCAUGUUCCUUUUCCCGAUGUAUUACAUGGAAAAGCGCGAGCAGUGCGGUCGUAAGACUAAGUGUCAAAUAAUGGAGCCGCGCUCUAGCGGGCUUGAAGAGACAUGCCGAUGGGGGCCCGAAUCCCGUAGAGUGGUCGGUCACGCCUGCUCACUCGAUUCACAACGCUCAUGCCAAACACAGCCAGCGAACCUCUGUGGUAAUAACAGAGCAAUAGGGUGUAGAUGUAAUGUAUUGAGGAGCAAUAAUCUUGAGCUACAGAGUACGGCAUACUCUCUUCGACGAGAAGAUCCAGACGGGUAUCAAGCCCGUUGCUCUUCGGAUUCCAUGUCCUUUGACAUCACGAUUGGUGCCACAAGAAUCACCCAUUCUCAGGGUUACCCAAGCACCAAAUCAGAAUUGGAAGCAGCCGAAACACUAAUCAACGGGCUCGCCACCUUGCUGAACCAGAGUCUCAAGUCAAGCACACCUGGCGUGCACGAGGCGUCUCCACCUUCAACCUCUCCAUCUCCACCACGGGAGCAGGAACGUGCAACACCUCUCCCGCAACCCUGCGGAUGCAGCAGUUCAGGGGACGAGGAAUCGACAUCCGCACCCUCUGAGGUUGAUCAAGAUGUAGAUGAGCCGUCACCGAAGAGAGACCUUGAUGGCGAUCACUCGAACAUGCCGCCCAGGAAGUUUUCCUGCCCCUUCUACCAACGCGAUCCCAGUGGGCGCUUCUGGAAGAAAUUCUGUGGAAACUCUGGUUUCUCCAACGUGAACGAAGUCAGGAAACAUAUUUAUGAUCACCAUAUAAUACCCUUCUACUGCUCCCGAUGCGCUGCGGUGUUCCCAUCUCAGAAAAGCCUUCACGAUCACUUGCUGGAACCAAUAAGGUGUGAAGUGAUCUCACCCGUGCUGACAAUGGGAUGCACCAGACAGCAGAGAAAGGAUAUGCGGAAAUUGACGCACGGAACGGAAGAGCGGCAGUGGCGAGCCAUCUAUAGUGUCCUCUUUCCUGAUCCUAGCGAAGCUGUGCCGUCUCCGUGUAAGUGCUUUUUGGACCAAACACCUUGCAUGUCUGCUGCCAAGCUAAUUACCAAUGCGCAGCAACAGCACUUCCGCCUUCAACUCCCCCACGUCCUCGAUCGACGCUUCGUCGAAAACCCAACAAAUUCGGAAUCGGAAACUCCGAUAGCGGAUCCGACGGCCCGGAACCGGCCGGGAGAGAGCGGGGACAGGGCCACCGUCGACGUCCUACGGGGCGCCCAAACGGAGCUGUACCGGAACUUCCGCCCCAUCCGUCAACUAACCAUCGACGACUUCUACGACUCCACGCCGCUGUCACCUGGGGCCCCGUCCGGUGAUCAGGCAAGCCAAGACCAGCCAGACGACUCGAGAGAGCGGCAACAUUCUCACGAUAGCUCUGACCUUGGGGUGUUAACUGGGUCUUCGAGGUCUGGGUCUAUUCAGUCGAGCGGGUUUGUGUACGCAUCUGAUGAAUUUUCGCUCAGUGAGACAGAGGAUCGGGGAACGUUUUUCCAGAGAUCUGGGGCGGAUCGUAGUUGAGUUGGAUGUCAAUUUCGUCUUAAGGAAAAAAAACUGUUUUUAGCAGUCAUAUCGAUUCUUUGUAGUACUUGAACAGGAACAGUAUGACUGACCUUGUCAUUUACCAUGAUUUCAAUUCUUCGGAACCCCAAAAACGUGUGAAGACGUGAGCCGUGUAAGUCGAGAAGGAAGACCUUU